GGGUGUUAACUUGUACCUUUCAGAAAAAAAGAAAAAAAACGAAAGAAAAGAAAGUGCGUGUGUAUAUUAUUGAGGGAGAGAGAGAGAGAGAGAGUUGCUAAUUGCUACUCUGAUAGAAGAAGAAAUUCCAACCGAAGCGGAUAUGGAAGUAGUAGCCGUUAAGACAAUGUUCGUCCAUUUGGGUUUAUGCCCCAAGAAGAUAUUAACAAAGAGGCAAACUGUAGGUGUCCUCAUUCCUACUUUUUCUUCCAAAAGAGCGUGCUUUUCCCUUCAGAUGAGAGGCACUGCCAAAGAUUUUCGUCAAAUGGCUAGUCAUAAAUAUUUUCAUGCUGUUCGCGCUGUAUCAUCAGGUUUGGAAGAUAUUGCAGUUUCUUCCUUUACUCAAUUUGAAGACUUCUCGGUUUCUACUAGUACUACCAAGGCUGAUGAGCUGAAGAUAACCGUAGUGGUUUCUGGUGCCAAAACUCGAGCAAUUUUUGAUAAUGUGUUCUCUAAAAUGGUUGCUGAUGCUCAGCCAAUUCCAGGCUUUCGAAGAGUAAAAGGAGGAAAAACGCCCAAUAUACCCAGAGACGUUCUUUUGGAAGUUCUUGGACCUUCCAAAGUUUACAAACAAGUGAUCAAGAAAGUAAUCAACUCUACUGUAGCUGAAUAUGUAGAAAAGGAAGGUAUAACAGUGGGUAAAGACUUGAGAGUUGGGCAGAGCUUUGAAGAUCUUGAAGCCAUGUUUGAACCUGGCAAUGAAUUCAGCUUUGAUGCAGUUGUUCGACGUCAAUAAUUAAACUGAAGAAAACAAUGUGGACUUUGAUCAUCCAUUAAAUUCUGUAGUUUCUAGCUUAGUUUUUUUAAUUUUUUGCCCCAAGAAAUGGUGAAUUCCUUAAUAGACCAGUUAUGAUGUGUGCAAAGAUUUGGUUUUGACAUCCAUAUUGUGGUUUUGGGAAGCUCUUGCAGUAUAAAGAUUCACAGGGCGACGAAGGGUUGAGGCAGGGAGUUGAAUAGAAGAAGACUUGUUAGCAUAUAGUGGCAGUACCCCGGCAAAAGAGGCACAAAGAAUGAUUUAAUUAAUGUGCUCAAAAAGUAGAAUUGGGAUACACAUGACAUGAUUUGGUCUUAAAUGGUAUGUUGUAGACUGUUGUAACGCCACAAUUUAAUUUAAUUUAAUAUAAUUUAGAGUGGAGUUGGUCUA